AUUCCACGAAAAACGGUUCGAGUGCGAGAGGUUUUCCCUGCCGGAGGAAAUUAUCGGAGUUCGCUUGUGUAACGACGGGAAAAGGCAGAUUUCGUGGUGGCCACCGGUCCCGAAAACCCGGACAUUUCCGAUUGUACGGCUGAUCGUGGAAGUGUGAGUUGUGAAAGUGUUACAGGCAAUGCGUUACGAUCAUGUCCGAGGCACCGGAAGUGAAACGUGUAAAACUGAACGACGAUGAUAAGCCAGAUGUUCGGGAAGAGAAAAAGGAUCAUGAUCAACCACGAAUUGAAUCGAUUCUAGCUGACGAAUACACCAAACCUAUCGCUAUGAUCAAAGUAUGCGUCGGAAGCGUGGUGGACAGUAGACAGCUCUCGAAGCUUGUUCCGACGUUGGCGAGACUUCUACCACUGACCAGUUUGCAGCAUCUGAAACGGGUGCACCGUGAUGGAACGAUCAUUCUUGCACCGGUAGAAGAACUAAACAGAAAGCUCGGUCAUGGAGCGGAGGGGGAAACGACAGUUGCCUUGCUGGAGGAAUACCUACGAUCGGCAGGAUUGCUCGAUCAAUCGCUCAUUGAUGGAUUGUGUGCUGGAAUGAAGAUUGUGUCAGUGCCCGCCACCCAACCAUUGCUUCGUUGGCAGUACGAUCUUGUGAAUUCGGUGUGGCCAUGUAAGUUCCAUCCUAACCGUCACAAUGAAGCACUGUACACGAACACACUGUUCGGCAAGCCUGAGGCGGAUCAGCAUCGACAACUGAUGGAACUUUGUUUAUGGCUCGGUAAACAGGAAAAAGGACGACCCACUGGAGUGUGUGUCAAUCCACGGCUUGGCUCACGGAUAGCAGCCAUCGGUGUUGGCCGAAGCGAAGAGCACCCCGUCUGGCACUGUCCGAUGGUGCUGAUCGAUAUGGUAGCCGUAUCCCAAACCGGUGGCAUCUGGAACCGUGCCUCACCGACAUCCACGGGGCCCCUUCGGGACGAUGGCUUCGAUUACGGUGGCAUCGAGCCACGGUACGAGCGAUUACUGCGUGAGCAGUACGGUGAACUGUUCAGCUUCGGAGCGGAACCUAUUCGGAACGGCGGCGGAACUGCAGCGCUUGAGCCGUGCGAAUCGGGGGAUCCAGAUAAUCUGACCAAGUACGGACCAUAUCUGUGUACGGGCUAUGAUGUGUACCUUACGCAUGAACCGUGUAUUAUGUGCGCCAUGGCCUUAACGCAUAGUCGCGUUCGGCGGGUCUUUUAUCAUCAUCUCAACCCACAGGGAGGAGCCCUCGGGAGUCUAGUAAAGCUGCACACGAUCAAGGAGUUGAAUCAUCGUUUCGAAGCAUUUCGAAUACUGUAAUAUACCGCGUCAUCGUCUCGAACAGAUCUUCAGCUGAAU